AUGUGCUGCAUGAUGGUCCUGCUCUUCACUGCUGCUCUGGUUCUGCUGUUGAGCGCUGGGGGCAUCUGGGUUUACAAGACUGAGCCUGAGGGCGGCAAGAGUGAUCCUUGGUACCCUUCACCAAGAGGAGGUACCGUUGCUGCUUGGGAAGAGGCGUACAAGAAGGCUGCUGCCCUGGUCUCUCAGAUGUCUGUCGUCGAGAAAGUAAACAUCACCACUGGCACUGGCUGGGAAAUGGGCAUGUGCGUGGGAAACACUGGUCCUGUCGAACGAUUGGGCUUCCCUUCGCUCUGCUUGCAGGACGGUCCCCUUGGUCUCAGGUUCGCCGAUAACAUCACUGCCUUCCCUGCUGGCAUCACCCUCGGAUCCACCUGGAACAAGGAAUUGAUCUAUCUCAAGGGUCGUGCCCAUGGCCGUGAAGCUUACGGCAAAGGUGUUCACAUCGUGCUUGGUCCAAGCAUGGGUCCUUUCGGUCGUUUACCCGCUGGCGGCAGAAACUGGGAGGGCUUUGGUUCAGAUCCUGUUCUACAAGGUCUCGCUUCUGCUGCCAUGAUCCGCGGUAUCCAAGAAGAGGGCAUUAUCGCGACAGCAAAACACUACAUUGCCAACGAGCAGGAGCACUUCCGCCAAAGCUGGGAAUGGGGCACUCCCAACGCCAUCAGCAGCAACAUUGACGAUAGAACUCUGCACGAGAUCUACGCUUGGCCAUUUGCCGAGAGUGUCAAGGCUGGUGUUGGCAGCGUCAUGUGUUCGUACAAUCAGGUCAAUUCGAGUUACGCUUGCCAGAACAGCAAGCUGCUCAACGGCAUUCUCAAGGACGAAAUGGGCUUCCAAGGCUUCGUGCAGAGUGACUGGCUCGCUCAGAGAAGUGGUGUUGCUUCUGCUCUCGCUGGUCUUGACAUGAGCAUGCCCGGUGAUGGUCUCCGCUGGGUGGACGGUCAAUCUUUAUGGGGUGGUGAACUGACUAAGGCCGUGUUCAACGGCAGUGUCCCUAUGGAGCGCCUCAACGAUAUGGUCUUGCGUGUUGUCGCUGCUUGGUACCAAUUUGGUCAAGACGACAAGUCGAAGUGGCCUGCCGAGAAGGACGGUGGCGGUCCAAACUUCUCGUCAUGGACUAACGAUGAGAUCGGCUUAUUGCAUCCUGGAAGCAACGACACUACCAAGGGAGUCGUCAAUAAAUUUGUCAACGUCCAAGGCGAAGGACAAGAUGCUCACAGCAAACUUGCUCGCCAGAUUGCCGCCGAGGGCACUGUUUUGCUGAAGAAUGAUGACCAUGUUCUUCCCCUGAACCGCGAUGGCAAGAAGAUGACCAAGAAUGGCGACAAGCUCCGCGUCGCUAUCUUUGGUGAAGAUGCUUUCAACAAUGGCAAAGGACCCAACGCCUGCCCAGACCGUGCUUGCAACGAAGGAACUCUUGCCCAAGGUUGGGGAUCUGGCACAGUCGAAUUCCCUUACCUUGUUUCUCCUGCUGAUGGAAUCCACCUCGGAUUCGAUGCAGAGAGCGUCACUCUUUCAGACUACCCUUCAAACUACCAAGACUUGGACAAGCAUUCUUCGCGUGCGACCGAUCAGGAUCUGUGUUUUGUCAUGAUCAACAGCGAUGGUGGAGAAGGUUAUGUUGCUUGGAAAGACAUCAAGGGUGACCGUAACGAUCUUUACGCUCAGAAGGGUGGUGACGAACUGGUUCAAAAGGUCGCAGCUAAGUGUGGCGGUCCCACAAUUGUCGUCGUCCACGCCGUUGGUCCCGUCAUUCUAGAGAAGUGGAUUGAUCUACCUGGAGUAAAGUCUGUGUUGUACGCCAACUUGCCAGGACAAGAAAGUGGCAGUUCUUUGGCUUCCAUCAUUUUUGGAGACGUCAAUCCCUCAGGUCGCCUACCAUACACAAUCGCUAAGCACGAAGACGACUACGGUCCGACGAGCAAGAUUCUCUACCACCCCAACGCUGUGAUCCCUCAACAGAACUUCUCGGAAGGCUUGUACGUUGACUACCGCUACUUUGACAAGCACAACAUUGAGCCACGCUACGAGUUCGGCUAUGGUCUUUCAUACACGACCUUCCACCUCAGCAGCCUUUUCAUCCACCCCGUGGCUACUGAAUUUGCUACUCUUCCCGCCAAGCGCCCUGAAGCGCUUAAACCUCCACACAUGGACGUGUCUAUCCCCGAUGCACGCACAGCACUCUGGCCUGAAAACUUCAUCGCACUCAAGAAAUACAUCUACCCCUACAUCAAGUCCGUGGAUGAAAUCAAGACUGGCAAAUACCCUUACCCCAAAGGUUAUGAGAUCGCUCAAUCACCCUCACCAGCAGGUGGAGCAGAAGGCGGAAACCCUGAUCUUUACACCCCCAUCGCUGUCGUCCAAGCCUCCCUCACCAACACUGGAUCCUUGCCCGGCGAUUGUGUAGUCCAACUCUACAUCUCCUACCCCUCCACACCCAUCACCGACUCCUUGGGUAAUGCAGUCGACUUCCCUGUCCGCGUGCUUCGUGCCUUUGACAAGUUGUUCGUGACUCCCGAGAAGCGGGUUGAGGUUUCUCUAGAGUUGACGAGAAAGGAUCUUUCGUUCUGGGAUGUCGGGAUUCAAAACUGGGUCUUGCCGAUGGGAGAGUUCGAGCUGCAGUUGGGUUUCUCUUCUAGAGAUAUUCAGCAGAAGGGGAAGCUUAGUACUGAGGCUUUGUUUGCUUAG